AUGCUUCGCGGAAACUCAUCAAUGUUUCCACCAGGUGUUCGAAUGGUUCAUUUGCAUCUGAUUAAUCCGUAUGGUGCUUCGUAUAUUCUCAAAGAAAAUGAACAAAAUGCUGAUCAGCUAAAGAACGAGCCUAUGUAUUAUACACUCGAUUAUGACAAUCCUAUACUUCAACGAUUAAUCGAUCAAAUUGAUAUACCUAACUUGGGCAAUGUUUCUGUUCGACAGAAGGCAUUCGCGGUCUUCGCUCAAUUGAUCGCCGAUUACGGUGAGGAAGCUGUUAACUUGGCUUUGAAAACAGGACAAGGAAAACGGCCUCAAGGUAUUGCAUAUUUCGGGCCAUCAAAAUCAUGGUCGAGCCAGACUGAAGAGUAUGUUAUCGACAAGUAUAUUCCUUAUGCAACUAAUAUUCUUCUCAUCGAUUGGCACACUGCCGUCGGCCCAUAUGGUGCCUGGUCAUUUGUUCCUAUUGAUGACGAGUCAGAAACUGCAUUCAAGCGAUGGGCACCAAAUGAUCUGAUGUCGUCUUAUGAUCUUGGCCUUCCCACAGAUGGCAGGCUACCAUACGCUACUAUCAAAGUCAAAACAAAGGCAAGACGAGUUAUAAGAGGCUUUUGGGAAGCUGGUACCUACAAUGUGACAAUGGAAACAAAUGCAAUGUUUAUGUUACGUUUGUAUUGUCGUUUUUACAGUAAUAUGACUGAUCCAUUUUGUAAGGAUAUCAUUUCGAAAACACAAGAAUACUUUUAUCCACAAGCAGAUGAAUGGAAAAAAUUAACAUACAAUGCAAUUAACAAUGUUCUUCCCAAAGUAUUAUCAGGCUUUGCUGCCGAGUUGAGUAUUGGAAUUAAAUUAAUUGUUUCUGACUUGUGUAUCAUUCUCGGAGUUAUCGUUGGGCUUCUUUGGUUUCGGAUUUGGAAUGAUUUUCUUGAGUGUUUGCGAGUAGAGAUCGGUCAGAAUGUGAAAAACAGUGUUACGCAACUAUUAACAUCCAAUUUUUCGACAACAACCCAAAUUGAAUCACUCCUUUCAUGCACAGUCAUCAUGGAUACAUUUCAAAAGUACUUUAAAUAUAAAUCUUAUGUGACUAUGUGUGGUAUACGCAAUGUUCACUUUAUGGGCACAUCGGAAGAUUGGAAGCUUCUACGUUAUAAAACUACAAAACUCAAGAAUUUUACUGUACCAAAUCGGGAUGAUUUCGGAAGUUAUAUCGAUGGUCUAUUACCCAUAAUUGAUCAAUUUAUUCAGACUUAUCAAGACAAUGUCGAUAAUCAAUUCUGGAACAAGGUCAUGGAUGUUGAGCAUGUUGGUCGUGGAGGAUCAGGCAGGUGA